CUGAGGCACAUCGUUUAUAUGAUGAUGAUGAUGAUGAUGAUGAUGAUGAUGAUGAUGAUGAUGAUGAUGAUGAUGAUGAUGAUGAUGAUGAUGAUGAUGAUGAUGAUGAUGAUGAUGAUGAUGAUGAUGAUGAUGAUGAUGAUGAUGAUGAUGAUGAUGAUGAUGAUGAUGAUGAUGAUGAUGAUGAUGAUGAUGAUGAUGAUGAUGAUGAUGAUGAUGAUGAUGAUGAUGAUGAUGAUGAUGAUGAUGAUGAUGAUGAUGAUGAUGAUGAUGAUGAUGAUGAUGAUGAUGAUGAUGAUGAUGAUGAUGAUGAUGAUGAUGAUGAUGAUGAUGAUGAUGAUGAUGAUGAUGAUGAUGAUGAUGAUGAUGAUGAUGAUGAUGAUGAUGAUGAUGAUGAUGAUGAUGAUGAUGAUGAUGAUGAUGAUGAUGAUGAUGAUGAUGAUGAUGAUGAUGAUGAUGAUGAUGAUGAUGAUGAUGAUGAUGAUGAUGAUGAUGAUGAUGAUGAUGAUGAUGAUGAUGAUGAUGAUGAUGAUGAUGAUGAUGAUGAUGAUGAUGAUGAUGAUGAUGAUGAUGAUGAUGAUGAUGAUGAUGAUGAUGAUGAUGAUGAUGAUGAUGAUGAUGAUGAUGAUGAUGAUGAUGAUGAUGAUGAUGAUGAUGAUGAUGAUGAUGAUGAUGAUGAUGAUGAUGAUGAUGAUGAUGAUGAUGAUGAUGAUGAUGAUGAUGAUGAUGAUGAUGAUGAUGAUGAUGAUGAUGAUGAUGAUGAUGAUGAUGAUGAUGAUGAUGAUGAUGAUGAUGAUGAUGAUGAUGAUGAUGAUGAUGAUGAUGAUGAUGAUGAUGAUGAUGAUGAUGAUGAUGAUGAUGAUGAUGAUGAUGAUGAUGAUGAUGAUGAUGAUGAUGAUGAUGAUGAUGAUGAUGAUGAUGAUGAUGAUGAUGAUGAUGAUGAUGAUGAUGAUGAUGAUGAUGAUGAUGAUGAUGAUGAUGAUGAUGAUGAUGAUGAUGAUGAUGAUGAUGAUGAUGAUGAUGAUGAUGAUGAUGAUGAUGAUGAUGAUGAUGAUGAUGAUGAUGAUGAUGAUGAUGAUGAUGAUGAUGAUGAUGAUGAUGAUGAUGAUGAUGAUGAUGAUGAUGAUGAUGAUGAUGAUGAUGAUGAUGAUGAUGAUGAUGAUGAUGAUGAUGAUGAUGAUGAUGAUGAUGAUGAUGAUGAUGAUGAUGAUGAUGAUGAUGAUGAUGAUGAUGAUGAUGAUGAUGAUGAUGAUGAUGAUGAUGAUGAUGAUGAUGAUGAUGAUGAUGAUGAUGAUGAUGAUGAUGAUGAUGAUGAUGAUGAUGAUGAUGAUGAUGAUGAUGAUGAUGAUGAUGAUGAUGAUGAUGAUGAUGAUGAUGAUGAUGAUGAUGAUGAUGAUGAUGAUGAUGAUGAUGAUGAUGAUGAUGAUGAUGAUGAUGAUGAUGAUGAUGAUGAUGAUGAUGAUGAUGAUGAUGAUGAUGAGAUGAUGAUGAUGAUGAUGAUGAUGAUGAUGAUGAUGAUGAUGAUGAUGAUGAUGAUGAUGAUGAUGAUGAUGAUGAUGAUGAUGAUGAUGAUGAUGAUGAUGAUGAUGAUGAUGAUGCUGAUGAUGAUGAUGAUGAUGAUGAUGAUGAUGAUGAUGAUGAUGAUGAUGAUGAUGAUGAUGAUGAUGAUGAUGAUGAUGCUGAUGAUGAUGAUGAUGAUGAUGAUGAUGAUGAU